GGUUUGGACAAAGAGAUGAAAGUAGAUAGAGAGGGGGUGAAGUGGUGGUGAUAGUGAAGUAAGCGAGAUUUGGUCUGACAUUAAUUAUGUUUGGACUGAAGACAGGAACAUAUUUAAUGGGUUGUAAUAUUGCUUGACGCAGCCAAACAGCAGGAAGUGAGCUGGAGAGGCUUUUAUCCAAGGACACACAGUGAGAAACCACAAGCGUUGGACUUUGGUGGACCGUUCAGCACCAUACGGUCUUGAAGCGUGAGAGGAAAAGGCCCCUGUUUCCUGAUUCACCUGGAAAAUUCGUAACCAUGGGCAAUGCAGCGACAUGUGAGGCGUGUGGAUCAGAUAGAGCUUUAAAGACCAGUGGGAGUAACAGCAGUUUAGACCAACACGCUGACUACUAUGGAUGUGCUGAAUCUGGAUCUGAUGUUGAUGAUUCACUGUCCGACAGUAGCACCAGUUUCCUUCGAGCGGCCAGGGCGGGAAAUAUUGACAAAGUCCUUGAAUUCCUGAAAAAUGGAGUAGAUAUCAGCACCUGUAACCAGAAUGGUCUGAACGCUUUACAUCUGGCAGCUAAGGAGGGACACGAAGAUUUGGUGGAGGAACUGUUGGAGAGAGGAGCAGCAGUGGACUCCUCCACCAAGAAAGGAAACACUGCCCUCCACAUUGCCUCACUGGCAGGACAAAGGGAAGUAGCCCGAAUACUGGUGAAGAGAGGGGCAGAUGUCAACUCUCAGUCACAGAAUGGCUUCACUCCACUCUACAUGGCAGCCCAGGAGAACCACUUGGAGGUGGUGAGAUACCUGCUGGAAAAUGAGGGGAACCAAAGCAUUGCAACAGAGGAUGGCUUCACUCCACUGGCCAUUGCUCUCCAGCAGGGUCACAACGCAGUGGUCUCCCUGCUGCUGGAGCACGACACCAAGGGUAAGGUCCGUCUGCCAGCCCUGCACAUCGCGGCACGCAAAGAUGACACGAAGUCGGCGGCACUGCUGCUCCAGAACGACCACAACGCCGACGUCCAGUCGAAGAUGAUGGUCAAUAGAACCACAGAGAAUGGGAAGAGUGGGUUCACCCCUCUGCACAUCGCGGCUCACUAUGGUAACGUGAAUGUCUCCACCUUGUUGCUGAACAGAGGAGCGGCUGUGGACUUCACUGCCAGGAAUGGGAUAACUCCUCUCCAUGUGGCCUCCAAGAGAGGCAACACCAACAUGGUGGCUCUGCUGAUGGACCGAGGGGCUCAAAUAGAUGCGAAAACCAGGGAUGGACUGACCCCCCUGCAUUGUGCAGCCAGGAGUGGACAUGACCCUGCAGUCGAGCUGUUACUGGAGAAAGGAGCCCCUAUCUUAGCCAGAACCAAGAAUGGACUGUCCCCACUGCACAUGUCGGCCCAGGGAGACCACGUAGAAUGUGUGAAACAUCUACUGCAGCAUAAGGCGCCUGUCGAUGACGUCACACUGGACUACCUCACAGCGCUGCAUGUGGCAGCUCACUGUGGCCACUACAGAGUCACCAAGCUGCUGCUAGACAAGAAGGCCAAUCCCAAUACUCGAGCACUGAAUGGUUUCACUCCCCUCCACAUCGCUUGUAAGAAGAACAGGGUGAAGGUGAUGGAGUUGUUGGUCAAAUAUGGCGCCUCCAUCCAGGCCAUUACUGAGUCUGGCCUGACUCCGAUCCAUGUAUCUGCCUUCAUGGGUCACCUCAACAUUGUUCUCCUCCUGCUGCAGAAUGGAGCCUCUCCUGAUAUCCGUAACAUUCGUGGCGAGACAGCUCUCCACAUGGCAGCACGAGCAGGUCAAAUGGAAGUGGUUCGCUGUUUGCUGAGAAAUGGAGCGUUGGUCGAUUCCAUGGCCAGGGAGGACCAGACUCCCCUCCACAUUGCAUCCCGUUUGGGGAAAACAGACAUAGUUCAGUUGCUGCUUCAGCACAUGGCCCACCCCGAUGCUGCCACCACCAACGGGUACACUCCCCUCCACAUUUCAGCCAGGGAGGGCCAAGUAGAGACGGCUGCUGUGCUGCUGGAGGCCGGAGCCUCACACUCAAUGGCCACCAAGAAAGGAUUCACUCCAUUACAUGUAGCAGCAAAAUAUGGAAGCCUCGACGUAGCAAAACUCCUCCUUCAGCGCAAAGCCCUUCUUGAUGACGCUGGCAAGAACGGCCUGACUCCGCUUCAUGUGGCAGCUCAUUAUGACAACCAAGAGGUGGCUCUGUUGCUGCUGGAUAAGGGGGCAUCACCUCAUGCUACUGCGAAGAAUGGCUACACUCCUCUCCACAUUGCAGCCAAAAAGAACCAGACGAACAUUGCCUUAGCGCUGCUGCAGUAUGGAGCAGAAACCAAUGUUCUAACCAAGCAGGGAGUCAGCCCUCUACACCUGGCAGCCCAGGAGGGACAUGCAGAGAUGGCCAGCCUGCUGCUGGGCAAAGGAGCCCACGUCAACACAGGCACCAAGAAUGGAUUGACUCCUUUGCAUCUCACAGCCCAAGAGGACAGGGUCAGUGCAGCAGAAGUACUGGCCAAACAUGACAGCAACUUGGAUCAGCAAACAAAGCUCGGAUAUACUCCUCUGAUUGUGGCUUGUCACUAUGGAAAUGCCAAGAUGGUGAACUUCCUAUUACAGCAAGGUGCCAGCGUCAACGCCAAAACCAAGAAUGGUUACACACCACUUCACCAGGCAGCACAACAAGGGAACACACACAUCAUCAAUGUGUUGCUGCAACACGGGGCAAAGCCCAAUUCUACUACAGUGAAUGGAAACACUGCUCUGUCGAUCGCUAGACGUCUGGGUUACAUCUCUGUGGUGGACACACUGAAAGUUGUCACUGAGGAGAUCAUCACUACCACAACAACGGUCACAGAGAAACACAAGCUCAAUGUCCCCGAGACCAUGACGGAGAUCCUUGAUGUUUCCGAUGAGGAGGGUGAGGACACUAUGACAGGGGACGGUGGGGAGUAUCUGAGAGCAGAGGAUCUCAGAGAGCUUGGCGAUGACUCUCUUCCAGGACACUUCCUUGAUGGUUUCAGCUACAUGAGCCACAACCUGGACAGGCAGCCGCACACUCCCAUUCACCAGAGUUUUCAUCAGAGAGAGGGCAUUCUCAUUGAAGACAUGCUGACAAGCCACCAGGUGUCAGCGCUUUCUAGAGAGCACGACAAGGACUCGUUCCGUCUGAGCUGGGGCGCUGAGCACCUUGAUAAUGUGGUGCUGUCCUCCAGUCUGUUACACUCUGGCCGUUCCUCACCGUGCCUAGAACAUGACAACAGCAGCUUCCUGGUCAGCUUCAUGGUUGAUGCCAGGGGCGGGGCCAUGCGUGGUUGCCGUCACAAUGGCCUGCGAAUCAUUGUACCACCAAGGAAGUGUUCUGCACCUACACGGGUGACAUGCAGGCUAGUGAAGAGACACCGCCUUGCCUCUAUGCCCCCUAUGGUGGAGGGUGAGGGGCUGGCGGGUCGCAUCAUAGAAGUGGGACCCACUGGAGCUCAGUUCUUGGGUAAGCUCCACCUGCCCACAGCUCCGCCCCCUCUGAAUGAGGGCGAGAGCCUGGUCAGUCGCAUUCUGCAGCUGGGUCCUCCAGGAACCAAGUUCCUCGGGCCCGUGAUUGUGGAAAUCCCCCAUUUCGCAGCUCUUCGGGGCACAGAGAGAGAGUUGGUGAUCUUGAGGAGUGAGACAGGGGAGAGCUGGAGGGAACACCACUGUGACUUCACUGAAGAAGAACUGAACCAGAUACUUAAUGGCAUGGAUGAAAAACUUGAUUCUCCUGAGGAGCUUGAGAAGAAAAGAAUAUGCCGCAUCAUCACCCGAGACUUCCCACAGUAUUUUGCGGUGGUGUCACGGAUAAAGCAAGACAGUCAUUUGAUUGGGCCAGAGGGUGGCGUCCUUAGCAGCACUCUUGUGCCCCAAGUCCAGGCAGUCUUCCCUGAAGGAGCCCUCACCAAGAAAAUCAGAGUUGGGCUACAGGCUCAGCCCAUUGAAGUGGAUGUGGUGAGAAAGAUUCUUGGUAACAAAGCCACAUUUAGCCCAAUCGUAACAUUGGAGCCAAGAAGGAGGAAGUUCCACAAACCAAUCACCAUGACAAUCCCAAUUCCCAAGAGCUCAAACACUGACGAGCCAAGCGGCGUGUACAGUGGGGAGACCCCAACUUUACGUUUACUUUGCAGUAUUACUGGUGGAACCACUCCAGCCCAGUGGGAGGACAUCACCGGCUCCACACCUCUCACCUUUGUUAACCAAUGUGUUUCCUUCACCACAAAUGUAUCAGCAAGGUUCUGGCUGAUAGACUGCAGACAGAUCCAAGAGUCUGUUAGCUUUGGCUCUCAGCUGUACAGAGAGAUCAUCUGCGUUCCAUACAUGGCCAAGUUUGUCAUUUUCGCCAAAACACUGGACCCCAUUGAGGCCCGCCUGCGGUGUUUCUGCAUGACAGACGACAAGAUGGACAAAACCCUUGAGCAGCAGGAGAACUUUACAGAAGUUGCCCGCAGCCGAGAUGUUGAGGUGCUGGAGGGAAAACCUAUAUUUGCUGACUGCUUUGGAAAUCUGGUGCCGCUUACCAAGAGUGGACAACACCAUGUGUUCAGCUUUUUUGCCUUCAAAGAGAACAGACUGGCCCUCUUCAUCAAAAUUAGAGACACAGCGCAGGAGCCCUGUGGCCGCCUGUCGUUCACAAAGGACCCAAGGACAUACCGUAGUCUGAACCACAAUGCGAUCUGCAACCUUAACAUCACCCUCCCAACAUAUUCAAAGGAAUCUGACUCAGACCAAGAUGCGGAUGAUGAGAGUGAGAAGAGUGACAAGAAAUAUGAUGAAUCUGAAUCAACUGAGACAUUCUCUUUGAGAACUAACCAACAUAUUGACUUUGCAACCCUUGCAAGUCCGGACCUUCUCUCAGAUAUGUCAGACAUCAAAUUGUCUGCCAUUUUGACUGCCGAGCAAAUUAAUGAAGAGAGAGGUGAAGCUAGAGGUUUGGAAGAAAAAGAGCAUUUGUCCAUAGUGGAACAGUUAAAAGACAGACUGGAAAAUGUUGGAGAUACUCAAACAGAUGGAAUACACCACACUACACAGGAGGUACAAGGAGUUGAUGCGAAAAAAGUCAAAUGGGGUUCACCUUGUGAGAUGAAGGCUGACACAAGGAAUUCCCUUGUCAAAGAACCAGUCAUACAGGAGAUUUGCAUUGAGAGGAAGACUUCAAGUGGAUCUGCCACAGAGGCCAGAGACAUGACAGGUAUGGUCUCACACCUCAGCAUGGAUAUGGAAGAAUACAGUUGUCAAGAAGACAAUGUCCAAGAGACAUUUGAACAGGCUGUUGUAAAACGUGAUGGUAAACGGCGUCCCCCAGAUAUCAAGAAACCUAUUAGGAAGAAACUCAGAGACAGAGAGCGUUCUGGAUGUAGUAGCUCUGAGGGAGAGCUGGAAAGGAUGAGCUCUGAGGAGUCUUUAGAUGGUGAUGCUAUCCUUAAGGAGAGUGGCCUUGUACCCACCCAAGUUAUGGAUCCUCCAGCUUCUCCUCUGGUGGUUGAAACAUCUAUUGGAUCUAUAAAAGACAGAGUUAAAGCUUUACAGAACAAAGUCGAAGAGGAUGAGGUCCAAAAAAAUACUCAAGAUGUAACAUAUGGUACAAAAUCGUCUAUCGUCACAAAAACGAUGGAGGAAGACUUUCCAGAACUUCCCAGAGUUCCCAAGUCCCCUAAAUCUCCCAGAUCUCAGACAGAAAGAUUAGAGGAGACUAUGUCUGUUAAGGAUCUUAUGAAAGCUUUCCAAACUGGGCAGGACCCUUCAAAAAGUAAAUCUGGGCUAUUUGAACACAAGGCUGUGACUUCUGGUAAUUUAACAUUUCAACAUCCUUCACAGGAGCCAAAAUCACAAAUCCAGCCUCAGAGCCUCUCAAAUUUCCAUCCAGAGAGUGAUGUCAAGAUAUGUGACAAAAGAGAUGAACCAGUAAUCCUAAUUACAGAUAACUCUGAGGAUUCACAGCCAACGUCUGAUAGUGAUUAUUUUGGAAAGAGAGCUAAAUCUGUUGAUGCAGUUCAAUGUGAUGGCAGACGGGUUAGCCCACAGAGAGAGACACCAGAUUUGUCCGGAAAGGAGACUAUGUCUGUGAAGGAGUUGAUGAAAACAUUCCAGUCUGGGCAAGAUCCGUCAAAAAAUAAAGUGGGGCUUUUUGAACACAAAGCUAUGGCGUCUUGUAUUUCAACAUUGAUGUCUCAAUCAGAAUAUUCUGGAGAGAUACAGAUGACUCAACACAGUCCUAUGCCAGAGCAAAAAUCACUAAAUCAAGCCCAGAGCCUUACAAUUUUCAAUUCACAAAGUCAUGUCAACAUACAUGGUGACAUAGACUUUGAGGAUCAACCAACAAGUUCAAUUAGAGAUAUGUCUGAGGAAUUGCCCUUGAAUUCAGAUGAUGCUCCUUUUGUAAAGACAGUAACAUUUGCUGAUACAGUUACAUGUGAUGAUGGAAGGGUUAUCUCACAGAGAAAGACACCAGACUUGUCAGAGAAAGAGGCUAUGUCUGUGAAAGAGCUGAUGAAAACGUACCAGACUGGACAGGACCCUAUAAAAAGUGGGCUGUUGGAACAAAAAACAGUGGCUUCUUCCUGUAUUUCAACAUCGUUAUCUGAAACGGAUGAUCCUGAAGAAAUAGAGUGGACUGGGCACAGUCCUACCCUGGAAUCCAAAUCACAAAAACAAUCACGGAAUCUCGCUAUCUACCAUCCAGAAAGUAAUUUCAAUGAAUAUGGAGCAUUAGAUGCAGAAGCUCAAACAGUCAACCUAAAGAGAGAUGUCUCUGUGGAAUCAGAACUAUAUUCAAGAAAGACAACAAAAAAUGUUGACACAAUUCAAUUUGAUGAUGGAAGGGUUAGCCCUCAGAGCAAGGGAAAAGAGUUCUCGGGGAGCAGCCUAGGCAUGAUGCACUUAGAAGAACCAGUCAUAAGCAAUGGUAGGGGUUUUUCCGAAGACCUACAAAUCAGCCCUGAUCGCAGACCUUCUGAAGAUUUCAGUGCUGACAUAAAGGCUGAGCUGGAAGAAAGUCCUGAGUACCAGUUUUUCAAGCAAACAUCAACAACUGUGAAUGUUAGCAAACAGUUGGGGGAACCUGAGAAGGAUACCCUCUGUGAUGAUUCUGAUACAAAUCCAGUAAAUGUGUUGAGGCCCUGUAUGAAAGGUUAUUUUGAAAAAGAUGUUUCUCUUUUUGAGAAUCAAAAGAAAGAUGAUGAAAUAAGUCCUGACAGUCCAAAGCAUGAAGGCUUGGUUAAAGUCUCAGAUACUAGCAUUGGUGUUUGGACCUCAGGUGAGAGUGAGCAUUCUGAAAGACCCACGCGGACCCAUCAAAUGACCAAAGAAAUGCUUACUUACUCUGCUAGAAGAGAAGAGAAGGACAUCAUAUCUUUACAGGAAGAGAAAAUUCAUGAGUCAUGGUUAGACAAUACAACAAUUACUCAUGGAAGUAAAACACUCUUUGCACAAAUUGACACAGAAGCACCAGAUGUCAAAAUUGAGGAGGCACAACUUAAAGAAGUCCACAUUGAGAAGAAAACAUCUAGCCAGACAUCCACUGCAGUAAAAGAUAUGUCAGGGAUGAUUUCCUUAAUGUACAGUGAUUUGGAUCAGUAUCUACAAGCCAAGCCUGUGGCAAGUCAGCAACCGGAAGAGGAUGUUGUUCAGGAUAAAUUUGAACAAAUCAUUUUAACAAAGGAAAAAGAUAAAGAAAUUCUCACAUGUAUCACUGAUGAAAAUAAAGAAACAAUAAUGGGUGGAACAAUGCAAGAAACAGAUCAACGAGAACCUGAUUUUGUUACAUUGAAACAUUUAGUCACAAGGGGAGGAGAAGUGGAGUGUGUCUUUAACGAAACCCAAUCAAUCUUGAUUGAUGAACAUCCAAUGAAGGAAGAGUGGGUCGAGAAAAAGACCUCAUAUAAACAGUCUACAAAAGCAAAGGAGAUGUCAUGCAUGGUAUCACAGCUAAACAGUGACUUGGACCUGUAUCUCAAGGACAAGCCAGUGGAAAACAGGUCUCCAGAGGAGAUAUUUGAAGAAGUGACUCUUACUAAGAUCAAAAGAUCUUCAAGUGAUGAGGAAACGAUAACAAUAUGUGACCAAACACCAAUUGUUGCGAAUAAUGUGGAGGAUAAGAUAGAUGGUGAGGCAAAUGAAUACCUACAGUCCGAUGUGGUGGCAGUCAAAGAACCAAAACCAAGUUCUGUUUUGGAGACCCCAUUUCAAGAAGUUUGUAUCCUCAGAAAAACACAAUACCAACAGUCUACAACUGAGAAGAAUAUCUCAGGCAUGUUUUCACUUCUCAGUAGUGACUUAGAAGAUCAGUAUCUCAAGGAAAAGCCAGUGGCAAUACAAUGCCAACCAGAAGAUGACCUAGUACAUGAGAGCUGCAAACAAGUUAUACUAACAGGUAAGAAUUUAAAUGAUGAAUUUGGUGAAGAGGCAAUUGAAAACCCACAGACAGAUGUGGUUGGAGAAACAGAAUUGUCACCAGGUUCUGUUUUGGAGACACCUUUCCAAGAAGUUUACAUCCAAAGAAAGAAAGACAAUCAACAGUCUACAACUGAGAAGAAUAUAUCAGGCAUGUUGUCACUUCUCAGUAGUGACUUAGAUCAGUAUUUCAAGGAAAAGCCAGUGGAAAUACAAUGCCAACCAGAAGAUGACCUAGUCCAUGAGAGCUGCAAACAAAUUAUACUGACAAGUAAUAAUUUGAACGAUGAAUUAUGUGAAGAGGCAAUUGAAAACCCACAGACAGAUGUGGUUGGAGAUACAGAAUUGUCACCAAGUUCUGUUUUGGAGACACCAUUCCAAGAAGUUUACAUCCAAACAAAGAAACACCACAAACAUUCUACGACUGAGAAGAAUAUCUCAGGCAUGUUGUCAUUUCUCAGUAGUGACUUAGAUCAGUAUCUCAAGGAAAAGCCAGUGGCAAUACAAUGCCAACCAAAAGAUGACCUAGUCCAUGAGAGCUGCAAACAAGUUAUACUGACAAGUAAAAAUCUGAACCAUGAAUUAGGUGAAGAGGCAAUUGAAAACGCACAGACAGAUGUGGUUGGAGUCACAGAACUGUCACCAAGUUCUGUUUUGGAGACACCAUUCCAAGAAGUUUACAUCCAAAGAAAGAAAGACAAUCAACAGUCUACAACUGAGAAGAAUAUAUCAGGCAUGUUGUCACUUCUCAGCAGUGACCUAGAUCAGUAUACCAAGGAAAAGCCAGUGCCAAUACAAUGCCAACCAGAAGAUGACCUGAUCCAUGAGAGCUGCAAACAGGUUAUGCUGAAAAGUAAUAAUUUGAACGAUGAAUUGGGUGAAGAGGCAAUUGAAAACGCACAGACAGAUGUGGUUGGAGUCACAGAAUUGUCACCAAGUUUUGUUUUGGAGACACCAUUCCAUGAAGUUUACAUCCAAAGGAAGAAAGACGAUCAACAGUCUACAACUGAGAAGAAUUGCUCAGGCAUGUCGUCACUUCUCAGUAUUGACUUAGAUCAGUAUCUCAAGGAAAAGCCAGUGGCAAUACAAUGCAAACCAGAAGAUGACCUAGUCCAUGAGAGCUGCAAACAAGUUAUACUGACAAGUAAUAAUGUGAACAAUGAUUUAGGUGAAGAGGCAAUCGAAAACCCACAGACAGAUGUGGUUGGAGUCACAGAAUCGUCACCAAGUUCUGUUUUGGAGACACCAUUCCAUGAAGUUUGCAUCAAGAAAAAGGCACAACACCAGCCUGCAGCUAAGAGGGAUAUGUCAAGAAUGUUGUCACUGCCUAAUAUUGACUUAGAUUGCCAUUUAAAGGAAGAAUCAUUGGUCUUACAAUACCACCCAGAAGAGGAUUUAGUCCAUGAGAGCUACAAAGAAACUCUUACAUUCUCUCCUGGACAUAAGAUGAUGUCACCAGAAGAUACAAAUUCAGACAUUGUGGACAUCAAUAAAGAGGACAUUUUGGAAAGUGAAUGGCAGGCAUGUUCCCAUAACGAUGAAAUUCCCAAGAGAUUCUCAUCUGAGAAGGGUGAGGCUAAAAUCUCACUAAAUUCAGUGUCACAUUUAAAUUACUCUACUGAAGGGAUGGACAUUACAGAGUCAUAUGUAACAACUGAUAGCUGUAACAAUGAUCAUAAAGAUGUCAGUGUAGUUGUUGCUCAUUCAGUUUUCAAAGAACUCACAUUUUUACAACUAACAAGUAGUUGUAGCACACCAGAACGCCCAGCUGAUUUGGAGAACCUAAAUAAUGUGGUUUCUGAUGACCCAGCUAAAGAGCCUUGUCAUCGAGAUUCUCUAGAGGCCAGUCCUCUAGAGGAGGAUGGAUCUUCAAAAAAAUCACCUGAUUCAAUUGAGCCAAGCCCUACUGGAGAAUCCCCUUGUCCAGACUCUCUUGAGGGAAGUCCCACUAAAUCAAAGGAAUCAGAACUUAAUAUGCCCGCCAGGACAGCUGUGUAUGAAGAUUAUGCUUCCCAGCUCAAAGCAUGUUUUGAUAUUGACAAAAAUAUUUUUAGGCAUGAAAGUUUGCAUUAUGAGCAAAAAAACGAAGGUGCGAAUUUUGAAAUAGAAAGUGAAAUUAAAGAAGACCACUAUUCCAACUCAGCAAUGACAGUAACUGAUGACAAAAUAUCAGAUCCCAGAAUGUGUGAUAGUGAAAACCUUCACAUGCUCAUACUGAGAGACGACGAUAGUGAUGAAAGUGGGAAUGAUACCACAACUAAACAGUUCACCCCAGAAGAGGACAUGUUUAAAAUGGCUGCAAAGAUUAAAACAUUUGAGGAGAUGGAACAGGAGGACAAAAUGAAGAGAGACACUUUUUUGGAGACAGAUGAUCACAAAGACAAUGAGCCAAAUCAAAAAUGUGGCACAGUUAUACAGUCUUCCUCACAAGAUACACUACAGAAAAUUUCUGAAAAAUGUGUGACAGACGACACUCAUACACUAAGUGAGACAACGGAUAUUGAUUCAAGUAUCAUGGACAAGGUUGCAAUUCAUUCACAACUGAAAACUUCUCAAUCAGUUGAUGGGUAUGUUCCGUUGUUAGCAGGAAAAGAUGCACAAAUAUACAAAGAAAAAGCAGCCAAUGAAAGUGACCAUUCCUCAGUCAAUGACAUGUAUUUUUCCAGCGGCGUGACAAAUGAGCACCAUCCAAAUGACGAUGAAGUUGAAUUGCCCCUGACAGAUGGCUCAGAUUGUGACGGCAGUCCUCAGGAUAUGGUACAUACAAAGGAACCAGAAUAUGCUAUCCUUGAAUGUGAAGGUGACAAAGAUGUACCCAUCAAUGCAGAGGUUAAAUCAGAAAAACAAAUGGAUCUUUGUGCUGCAGGAGACAGAAAAACACCUUAUAAUACACCAGUUCGAACUCCACGUGAUGAGAGAACCCCUGAUCCGUUUCAGUUUCAGGAGGGAAAGCUAUUUGAAAUGACCAGAGGGGGAGCCAUUGAUAUGACAGGAGCAAGUUUUGAUGAAGAAGAGAAAGGAUAUCCUUUUUUUCAUAUAGGGGAACAUCCCGUUGAUGAAGUUGUGGUAGAGGAGAAUGGGGAAGGUCUGUCAGUCAAAAAGUCUUUAACUUUAGACAAAAGUGAUUCUAUUACAGACACAACCAUUCAAGAGAACCCCAAAUCACCUCUGACUCUGAGUGACGAUGACAAAAUUCCUACUCCCAAACCCAGAAAUCUCAUCAAAUCUUCAAGUAACAAGCCAGAGAAUGAAAUGUCACUUCAUGAAGCUGAUCUUUGCAGCUCCAUAGAGGUUCAGCUUCGUUCCCCCAAUGCUUUGGAGAAACUAACCAAUGUUCAAAGUGAGGUUGGAAUCCUUGAAAGCCUUGGUCUGGACAACCUAGACAAUACUGUGGCUGAGUUUCAAUCAGAAACAUCCACAACUGGCCAUUCAGCAUACUCAGAGCAGAGCCAUUCCACAGACUCCUCCAAUGAUGAUGAUGAGGGGGAUGAAGAUGAAGAAGACAAGUGCUCAGUCAUAGAGAUGUCCCUUUCAGCUGCACAUGCUGGCAUCCCAGCAUAUUAUCAGGAUUCAACGGAACCUUUGGCAAUCAAACCAAGCAGCACAAUUAAAGAGGUUUCCCAUUUUCAAUCAGAAAUAAUGUCAGAAGACUCACAGAUAUCUGAACUUAAUCAAGGUCAAACAACAGCAGAUAAAAUCUCAACUUUGGAUCGUCGGAGUAGAUCUUUGGCUGAUAGUGACAGAAGUAAAACCUCUAAUAAAGAUGUUAGGAGUUAUUCUGACAGUAGUCAAUCCUCCUCUAAAUCCAACUUUUUCGCCUUCAAACCUCCUGUCAUGUCCUCUUCUCCAAGGGGAGAAAACCAAGUCUCUAAGACUACAGAACCAUCUGUUAGGUUGUCCUUGGAUACUGACGAUAUAAGCAGCGCAAGUCACAGGAGUCCAGAUUCGGUUAUCUUCACAUAUGACAUCCCAGCCUCACAUAGUUCAGAUUCUGAUGGUAAUCCGUUGCCAAGUGUGCAACCAUCUUCUGGAAAAGAGGAUGUAUUUGAAUCAAGGCCUGCCUGGGAUGACACUGUGGAGACUCAGAUGCAGAGAAUCACCGAUGACCAAACUCCAGAAGUGGAUUGGCAGGAUGAUGCUGACAGGAAAGAGGAAACGUUAGCUAUCAUUGCAGAUCUUCUUGGCUUCAGCUGGACUGAGCUGGCAAGAGAAUUGGAAUUCAGUGAGGAUGAUAUCCAGUUAGUGAGAACAGAAAAUCCUAACUCCCUCCAAGAGCAGAGCCAUGCCUUGCUGCAGCGCUGGGUUGAGCGGGAAGGUAAACAUACCACAGAGGACUGUCUAAUUAAGAGGUUAACCAAAAUCAACCGCAUGGAUAUAGUGCAUCUGAUUGAAACCCAGAUGAACAAGUCAGUUCAAGAGCAAUCGUCCAGAACUUAUGCAGAGAUAGAGAAGACACUGGAUCACAGUGAAGUGUCAGUAGCCCUAUCUUCAGUUCAAGACGAUGCAGACAGCCCCAGAGUCGUGAGGAGGGCGGAGUCAGAUCGCAGACCGCCCCCAGCUGUUUCUGAAGAGGACCUAUCAGUUGCUUCCCUACUCGAUAUUCCUUCCUGGGCAGAGCCUGCUGGACAUACCCACUCAGAGAGUAUACAUGGUGACCUGUUGGAGGAGCUCGAAAUUCCACAAGAAUUGAACACAAACCUGUGGACCUGUGAGGAUGUAAUUACACCCCAACCCACAUGUUACGACAACUCAGAAGAGCAAGUAUCCACGACAUCUUUCAAGACAAAUCUUUCAGAAUCUUCAAAACAAAAAAAUGUUGAUUUAGGACACUGUCAGGUCUUUCCAACUGAGAUGCCACCCUCGUCAAAUGAUUCAGUCACUCUUUCCACUCAAAAACUAGAAUUGUCAAUUCCAGGUACUUUGGACUUAGGUAAAACACAGUCCCAAAUCACAUUGACCGAUCAAAGUAGCUCACCACAGGAAAAAGAUGAAAAGAUGUCUUUCGCCAAACAAAGUGAAGAUUUUGGCUUUGCUAAACCAGGCUCAGUGACCCAAGACUCACUCUGUCAAAGAGCCGAAGACAGUCCAGAUAAAAUCCUUAUGCCCUCUGAAUCCACUCCAACACCACCAGGGUCUGGGUCCCCUCAGCUUGAUCAGCUGCUGUCCGAUCUGGAGGAGAUGAAAUUUAAGUUUAGACCAGAGGCACUUGGCUCACCUCUGUCAGAUUACAGUGAUAUAAGCGCCAAAGUUGAUCAAAGUUUGAAUCAAAAGUUUGAAGACCUUUCACCUGAAGAUCCAUGUCAUACAAAUGAUAGUUACACCGUAAGAGCUGGCGUGUUUUCUGUUAUACAGCUCACAGAUGACACUAACUGCACAAAUGAAGACAUCUCAGAGUCUGCAUAUUUCCAGACAUCAGGUCAAGAUGAACCUGAAUUGGUCUCAAUCACUGAUCUGACAAAUACCUCUGAGACAAUUGUACCAUCAAACCUUUGUAGAGGUAACGAUAGUCCUGUAUCCCCCAACGAGUCCCUCUUAAUACCAGAAUCUCCCCAAAGAUUUUGUGAAGCAAUGGAACCAUCAUUGAACUCAAGUUUUUCCAAGGAUAUAUUCCAGUCGGGCAAAUAUAGUGAAAUUCCUAUUGGGGCAUUUUCUUCAUUGUCUUUACCCCAAAUAGCUGCAAAGUGUCCCUCUGAUGUACCUGAAAACUAUUUGGCUGAUCAAUUUGAGGAAGAUUCUACAACUGACAUUUUUCAAGGAAAAGAAAAACGUGAAUCAACUACUCCAUGUAAUGUCUCAAGGGAUGUGACAGAAGAAAUAUCAACAGAGAGUUCACAUCUAUGGGAGGUGAUCUCUGUUGAAGCUUUUCAGACUGAAGAUUUGUCCUCUCAGUCUCUUUCUGAUUUGACACCUGAGACAGUUACAUCUGCAAGACAUUUUAGUUUUGAUGAACUGAAUCCAUACAGCUCUUUGAACUUUGAUGCAUCUUCAGAAGAGGAUGGGCCAAGGACCAGUGGACAGUAUUCAGAAGAAUCUCUGGUAGACCAUGAGUGUUUUACCCCUCAGCCCAAUUCAGUUGAACCUAAAGCAGAAAGGACUUCAUCAUCUGCUGAUGAGGAAUGCGGCAUCAUACCUGGGUAUGAAGAUAUGUAUACCCACAUGCCUCCAGGAUAUGCUGAGGUUGUGCAUAGUGGUGCAGAGAGCCCUACCUUUGAAUACUCUGACCCAGAGCCAUACUUUGACUGCAACCAAGGUGUGUCAGAUUUCUCAGAGCCUGAUGAACCUGGGUCAACAACUAAGUCAAGUGGAGGGCUAGAUUAUCUCAGCCAUUCUAGAGUGCUAGAAAAGGUUAAUCGAGGAGUACUUUUAUCCUCUGGAAGUGAAGACUAUGAGGAUGCUCCUUUUGUCCAUGAGCCUCUCCAUAAAGUACAGGAGGAGAGUGAAGAAUCAAUACACUAUUCAGAAGUAUCAGAUGAUGAAUUCACCUUGUGUGAGGCUUCACAACUGCCCCCUGCCUGUGAAAUUGGAACAUAUGAUGAUACUGACAAUUCACUGACAAGGGAGAUCACUGCAGAGCUCGGAACAAUGUCAGAAAGUUCAGAUGAAGAAUUUUUGACCACCAGAAUAGUGCGCAGGAGAGUUGUCAUACAGGCUGAUGAAUUGCCUGACCUCCCCACUCAGUCAGUGACAGAAGAGCAGUACAAGGAUGAAAGUGGACACAUCGUUGUCAAGAAGGUAACCCGUAAAAUUAUUCGCAAGUGUGUUUCUGCGGAUGGCGUGGAGCGGGAAGAGGUGUCAGUGGAGGGAGCUCCCCAGGGGUCCGUCAGUGUAGCAGAGGGAGAUAGAUACUCCAAGGUUGUGAAGCGGACUGUACUGAAGAGUGAGGGAGACCAUUCAGAGGUAACAUUUGCUGAAGGUGAGGGUUUCUCAGUAUCGAGGCAGGAGACAGCUGAGGGUAGUAAGGUCAGUCUUGUGGAAAGGACAAAGGUGGUGGAGGGUGAAAGGACAAUGACACACCAGGGUGAUCCGUCUUUGGCCUCUGACCUUCCCACAGCCCAAGAUGACUUUAAACAGGCACUAGCUUAUAUAAGUGGGUUUAGCAGAGCAGAGCUCCCUCAUGUGGUAGAAAGAGAGACUAUCAAAGAAGAUGGAACUGUGGUCAGGAGGGCUCACAUGCGUAAAGGUCGCACCCUCAGACGGACAGUGGUGAAGGGAGCUGGACAGCGCAAACGGGUUCUUCUAGAGCAGGUGGACAGUCCCAGAAAAGGGACAAAACUAUGUGGUCUCCAGCAGCAUCUCCACCAGCUCUUCCAUCAAUACCACAAAGAAGACGAGGAGGACACGGAUGAGGACGGAGUGGAGGAGGAAGAGUAGGGGAAUCUGUAAUGCUUUCCCUCCCAUCGACUUCCUGGCCGUUUCAAUGCUUAAGUCCCCCAUAAUCCUAUGCAUUAGACAACUGUAAUCCCAGUGUGCACCGUGGCACCUCAGAGCUACCACAGUGUUCCCCAUUAAGUCCUGGAAGAAGACAUCUUGUUCAGAAUUUUUUAGUUUUUUCCCCAUUGCUAGUGUUAUGAAGUCAUGAUUUUCUUUUCAUGUUCUGAUGUUGUUUUGCCUUUAAUGUGACCAAAGAAAACCUUCUGUUGUUAUCCUGAUUGAUUUUACUGUCCAUGUCAGAUUUGAAAUCAUAGUCCUGAUUUCUGUGGUAGAGCAACACAAAACAUAUAAAUCCGUUGAAUAUAUUUCACAUCAACUAACUCACGAACCUCUUGAAGGUAAAGAACUCUUUACCUGCAAAAUACUGGUUUUGCUCUCUUAGUAGGUGCUCGGACUGAAAGAAAAUGUUUCACACAGCACUGCCUCUCACAAGCAGAGUUUCUCAGAUAUGCCUAACUGAAAAACUAUUUCACUCACUGAACUAGCUGUGAUUUUGGCUCAGGCGGUCAAAAUGUCACAGAGAAAAACAGACUGUAUCAACACUGAAUUGAACUACUGCUGCUGCUGCUGCUGCUGCUGCUGCUGCUGUGUUUUGUGUAGGCUAUGUGUAAUCUGUCUUUGGGAAUUAUAUAUUAUCUAUAAUCUAGACAUUACCGACAUCUGUAGCCUAGGAAUUAAUAAUCACUCGUGAAGUAGAGCAGGCAUGACUAAUCAACAUCUGCCAUCAUGAUCCUAGCUUUGACUGCUUUGUAGUUCUAUGGAUUGCCCUUCUGCCUCUCUUUCCCUUCUGAAUGUAUUUCUUUCUGUGUUAUGUGUAAUUCAUUUUUCUUUUCUUUUUGAUGCGGUGGGGAGGGGGACUUCUUUUAAGUUGUUGAUCUUAAAAUGUGUGUUGAAUGACUGGUGAAGGUGUGAAUGAGGAUGUACUGUAGCUCCUUGGUUGAAAUUCGUCCGUGCAUGUGUUAAGUUAAAUUCUGCAUUGACAAAUGUUUUGAAAAGGGUACUGUAGCUUAUUUUAAUGUCUCAUUUUAGAGUUUAUCUUUGAUUCUGAGUUUAGCUUGGUUUGUUGAUAUAGACAAUUUAUUUAAUCUUAAGUUUGACACCCAAUUAGAAGCUUCUUAUUAUUGGGAAGUCCCUCCAAAUUGGAAGUGGAAGUGGCUUAAGGUCUUUUCUGUUGGACUUUAUUAGUUUAUCUUUUGAACGACAAAAUGUUGGACCAGGCGUUGGCGGUUGUGUGACGUGUGUCUGUGAGUGAAUGAGUCCGUGUGUGUAGUAAAAGUGUUUUGCUAGUUUCAGCAAAGAACAAAAAAAAACGUCUUUAUUUUACACAAACUGCAUUUGCACUGAAUGUCAGGAGGAAACUCCUCCUUGCUUCUUCUGCACAGGUACAGUAUAUCGUAGCCACAGGGAUAGUCUCAGACAGAUGAUAAAAUGAUAACGAUGACUCACCAGACAUACACGUAAUGAGGCCGGUUGAGAGCUUAAAUAUAUCAUUUUUCACAGCUCUGAGUAACGCUACUGUAUGUAUCUACAACAUGUAAUGUAUUUAUUUCACUAUCACCGUUUACUUUGUGAUUUAGAAAAAUGAAAACUAGUGGAAGUUCACUGUGACAGGUAUGCUUUUAAUUUGAAGAAUCAGCAUCCCUUUUUUCUGUGACGAUGACAGUUAUAUAUAUAUAUACAAUGCAUAUAAAUAUCUAUAAGGGCAUGUAGUACUGUUAUUAAAUUCAAAAAGACAAAAACAAAAUGGCUGAAGUGUCUAUGGCUGAUAGAGAAUAAAAAUCUACAAAUAUA